AUGGCACCUCGAUUACCGACUCUACUGGCUUUGGCCCUCCCAGCCGUUGCCGCCGCAUCUCAAACUCCGACUCGUGACGUCGACUCCAACACAUCUCCCGGCUUCGUCUCCUUCCCCAUAAAACGAGCAUCGAAGACACUCUCAGCCCGCGAUGCCACGGUAUCCCUGAUCAACGAGCAGGACACGAGCUACCUGAUCGAGCUCACCUUUGGCUCCAAUGCUCAAGCAGUCAAGAUCGCCAUCGACACGGGGUCUGAUGAGCUGUUCGUGAACCCCAACUGCAACGACCGGGACUUCACCCAACAGCAGCAAGAAGAAUGCACAUCAGAUGGAAAAUAUACCCCCAGCUCCUCAACAACAUCCAACGUCACACAGGAGACCUCGCAGAUUGUUUACGGCUCAGGUGCUGUCAACAUACAAUAUGUGGUCGACAGCAUCGGAAUUCCAGGCGCAAGCAAGAACAUGACGGAGGUGCAGUUUGGCGUGGCGACCGAGUCACAGGACCUGAACGAGGGCAUUCUGGGCCUCGGCUUUGGCCAGGGCGUGAACCUCAACUACUCCAACUUUGUCGACCAGUUGGCCUCGCAGGGUGUGACAAACACCAAGGCAUUUUCCGUGGCGCUGGGCACGAGCGAUACCGCAGGCGGAAACAUCAUCUUUGGUGGCGUCGACACGAAGAAGUUCUCGGGGUCCCUCGCCACGAGCACCAUUCAGAGCCCGGCGAGCGGAGACAUCCAGCGGUAUUCCACGCAGAUGAACAGCCUGACCUUCAAGAGCGGCAGCACCUCCAACAAGUACUCGAACAGCGACCUGAGCGUCGUCUUGGACACGGGCUCCAGCCUGUGUCUGCUGCCAACCGCCAUCGUCAGUGACAUGGCCCAGGACUUCAACGCGCAGCAGGACUCGUCAGGCCUGCUGGUCGUGGACUGCGACCUCCAGAACACAGACGGCUCGCUGGACUUUGCGUUUGAUGGCGUCACCAUCAGCGUGCCCUUCAGCCAGUUCAUCCUGAGCGCCGGUUCGAACACGUGCAUCCUCGGUGUGCAGGCCGUCGAGUCCAACUCGGGAAUUACGGCCCUCCUCGGCGACACCUUCCUCCGGUCCGCCUACGCCGUUUUUGACCAGACGAACAUGAAGAUCUCCCUGGCACAGUACGUCGAGUGCGGCACCAACGAGCAGGCUAUCCCCACAGGCAGCGACGGCGCCUCAAAAUUCACUGGCGAGUGCAGCUCCUCCUCCUCAUCGAGCUCGUCCAAAUCCACCGGAGAGCUGAACAGGCCGGCGGCGGCGACGUCUAUUGUUGGGUUCGUGGCGGGCAUUGCUGCCCUGAUGGUGCUUUUCUAG